CUGCCGCUGACUGAGCUGUUUCCAGCGCUGCCUGUAGCAUUUUGUUUGUGAAACCGUCCGUUUGUGCCCCGGCGGUGACAGCACUUAGAGCAGCCGGGAUUCAGCAACCCUACUGCAGACAACAUCACCUGAACAGGCAGAGGGUACGAUAAUUGCUGUCUGCAAAGCCAUGACCCGUGUUUUCCUCUCAGCAUCUGUUCUUUUCGGUUCUGCCCGUCAUUACACCAAAAGCAUGCAGAUCAGCACUGUCAAUGUCAAUGACACUGACACUGAUUCCAGAACAUGCACAUUGAUCAUGUGUUUUCAUUCAUCAACUUGGGUUGAUUGGUGCUCUUUGGCUUUAUUUUGAUGUUGUCUCAUUGUCAGACGCCUUUAAUGAAAGUCGAUUGCUUGUCCUGCAGAUCGCUCCGGUUGAUAGGUCAUAAGUUGAGUCUCACCAUUAUAGUCUGUGUGCACCUGUCACCUCCCCAUCGUGGAGCUCCUCAAAUCACAGCUCCUACUAGUGCCGUGGCAUGGCACACACCUCACCUUGACCCUCAUCCUUGGGCCCCUCCCUUGUUUUGCCACUAUACGCCAGAGACGCCUCUUCGCCAUCUGCUCAUAAAGGAAGCAGUUAAGAUGCUGCCAGAUCGCCCCAUCUCAUUCUCAUACCUCACCUGACGAUAAUCACCUCAAUUCCCCCUGCUUGCCUCACGUGCUCCAACCGGUGAGAUGGGAGACUGGGUGUGUCUGAGCCCGGCUGAGUUCUCCCAGCUUCAGCAGUACAGUGAGUAUUCCUCCAAGAAGCUUAAAGAUGUGCUGGGAGAGUUUCAUGGAAAUGGUGUCCUCUCCAAGUACAACCCUGAGCAGAAGCCAGAUGUUUUCAACCAACCCAUUGAUUACGAGGGCUUCCAGCUUUUCAUGACCACCUACCUGGAGAAUAACAUCCCGGAGGAAUUGUGCAAACACCUCUUUACCUCCUUCAAGAGCAAGACUGGUGAAGGCAGCUCCCCUGACAGUUCUCGUUCUGGAGCAGGCAUGCUGGAGCCCAAGUUCAUUGAUGCAGGCAUCUCUAUACAGACUGAAGUGGCGUGUGCUCCUAUAGCAGGUAUCAAUGGAAGGAGUAUUCUGAGUGCCAUGGGCCGUCAUACACCAGAGCCUUCUUCAGGGAUUACUCGAGGCUCAGGGGCCACCACGUCUCCCUGCUCCUCCCGGUCCUCCUCACAACACUCCGGCACAGGGGGCCACACACCCAGAGGCCCCCACCAGUCGCCCGGUAUGCAACCCAAACCCCCGGCGGGCAGCAGCAAUGCUUUUGCUCUCUCCAAGACUACCAACUCCCCGUGCCUCUCGCCAGAGCGAAGUCAAUCUGAGAAGUGUUCAUCUCUCCGGAGGAGUCCUUCUCCACAAAAGGGCUCUCCACUGCCCUCACCCCAAGUGGUCUUUCUCAAAGACAUUGUGUGCUACCUGUCCCUGCUGGAGAGAGGUACACCAGAGGACAAGCUUGAAUUCAUGUUCCGGCUGUACGACACAGAUGGCAAUGGUGUGUUGGACAGUUCGGAACUGGACCGCAUAAUAAAUCAGAUGGUCCAUGUAGCUGAGUACCUGGAAUGGGACUCUACAGAACUACAACCGAUUCUUAAGGAGAUGAUGGAGGAGAUUGACUAUGAUCGAGAUGGAACAGUCACACUAGAGGAGUGGAUCAGAGGAGGAAUGACCACCAUACCACUCCUGGUACUGCUGGGAAUGGAGACGAAUGUGGAGGAAGAUGGGCAGCAUGUUUGGAGACUAAAGCACUUCAACAAGCCAGCAUACUGUAAUUACUGCCACGCUAUGUUGUUAGGGGUACGAAAACAGGGCCUUUGCUGCUCACUAUGCAAGUACACAGUUCAUGAGCGCUGUGUGUCCAAAGACAUUGCUGCUUGCAUUAGCACCUACGCCAAGUCCCGUAGACACACCAAUGCCAUGCAGCAUGUCUGGAUGGAGGGUAACUCUCCAGCAAAAUGUGACAGAUGUCACCGCAGUAUCAAGUGCUAUCAAGGCCUAACGGGCCUUCACUGUGUUUGGUGUCAAAUCACUCUCCAUAACAAGUGUGCGUCACAUGUGAAGCCUGCAUGUGAUGGCGGACCAUUUAAAGAUCACACUCUCCUGCCAUCAUACAUCUGCCCUGUUGUCCUGGACCGUCAGCCUGCUGUUAAAAGAAGUGAAGGAGAGUCAUCCCCCAGUACAAGUCCUGAGGACACUGGCCAGUGUUUCAAGUUUGCCAGUGAUGGUCAAGCACUGCAAAUCACCCCUUUGCCCGGAACACAUCCCCUUCUUGUGCUGGUUAACCCUAAAAGUGGUGGUCAGCAGGGUGAGAGGGUGCUGCGGAAAUUCCAGUACCUGCUCAACCCCAGACAGGUGUAUAGUCUGGAUCGGGGAGGACCCAUGGUGGGGCUCAACUUUUUUAGAGACGUGCCUGAUUUCCGUGUGUUGGCAUGCGGAGGCGAUGGAACAGUGGGGUGGAUUUUGGACUGCAUUGAUAAGGCCAGUUUUGCUCUGCACCCCCCUGUCGCGAUCCUACCACUGGGAACAGGGAAUGACCUUGCUCGCUGCCUACACUGGGGCGGAGGCUAUGAAGGUGGCAAUCUGGUCAAAUUCCUCAGGGACAUAGAACACAGCACUGAGGUGCUGCUUGACCGUUGGAACAUCAACAUCAUCCCUGAUGAUAAGGAGGAAAAGGGUGACCCUGUGCCCUACGGCAUAGUAAACAACUAUUUCUCCAUUGGAGUGGAUGCAUCUAUAGCGCAUCGUUUCCACUUAAUGAGGGAGAAACAUCCUGAGAAGUUCAACAGCAGGAUGAAAAACAAGCUAUGGUACUUUGAAUUUGGCACCACAGAGACCAUCUCAGCUACUUGUAAAAAGCUGAACGAAACCAUUGAGGUGGAGUGUGAUGGCAUCAUCUUGGACUUGAGCAGCACGUCUCUGGAGGGCAUUGCUGUGCUCAAUAUUCCCAGCAUGCACGGAGGCUCCAACCUGUGGGGCGAAACCAAGAGAAGACGCAAUUACAAUCGCAUGAGUAAGAAAGUACCAGAAAGAAUGACUGCCAGCACCAUCACCGAUGCCAAGGAGCUCAAGUUUUGCGUGCAAGAUCUGAGUGACCAGCUUCUGGAGGUUGUGGGCUUAGAGGGAGCCAUCGAAAUGGGUCAGAUCUACACGGGUCUCAAGAGUGCUGGACGGCGCCUUGCACAGUGUUCCAGUGUCAUCAUCAGGACGUCCCGGCUGCUGCCCAUGCAGAUUGAUGGAGAACCAUGGAUGCAGCCUCCUUGCAUGAUACGGAUCACACAUAAGAACCAGGUGCCCAUGCUGCUGGGGCCACCGCAGAAAACUCCGUUCUUCUUCUUCAAGAAGCGCAACAGAAGUCAGGACUAAAUGCGGGACUCCAAAAACCACCAGCUCUAAAAUCAUACAGUCACACAAACAUCUCCACCUUCUUCAGAUAGAAAAGGCUGUGUGCAGAUCUUCACACUUCAAAACACUUUGGUGAACUUUCAUUGACAAACAUUAAAAACACUGUAAAAAAUAACACUGUAAUAGGCAUUUAAGAUCAGUGGAAUCCAUCUACCAACAUAGCCUGAUCUUCUCAGGUUGAACCAAUUGAAUGGACCCUCUCUGAGUGUCUUGACCACUUCCUGUGUCUCAUGAUCCAGAAAUUGUUAUUGCAGGCAAUAUGAAGUGUAAUCUAUAACCCCAAUUCCAACCAAUUUGCCGCCUACCACUGCCUUGGGAUCGACACUGUGCCAUCUUCCUCUUCUUGAGAAAGCUCAUUGGAAGAUACUGCCAGUUUCCAAGAUAGAGAGAGAAGGUUCAUAUGGAAGGCCAAAAGCACAAGAAACUAUGCUUAUUGAGAGGAAAUGCCAAAAAAUGGCCACUAAGCAGUGAUGAAAGUCAAGUACAGUUAAGAAAGGAGAGGUCUGUUCAAGUGAAAAGAGAAGGAGGGAGAGAGAAAGAGAAAAAACCUGACACAAUUAUGUUGUUAAAAUGAGGUUCAGUGGUGCUCAUUUGAACGUCACUGGGCCCUGUCUUAGCCUAGUAGGACCAGGGAACAAACUUUUCUCCUGCAGGAUCUUACUGAAUUAUAGAUCAGUGCAUGCAAAGCACUCAUUCCAGUGGCUCUCCGAGGCCCUUCAACAUGCCACCCCUAAAGUGGUGAAACGGCAAACUCAUGUAUAAUGAAGAUGUUUAUGGGGGUCUGCUGAUAGGGAUAGGAUAGACUAUUCUAAAAGAGAACAUUUCAGUUAAAACAAACAAAACAAAACAAAACAUAAAUGUAUUUUGGCUCGUCCCUCCUUUUCUUUAAAAAAAGCAAAAAUCGAGGUUACAAUGAGGCACUUACAAUGGAAGUGAAUGUGGCCCGUUUUGGGAGGGUUUAAAGGCAGAAAUUUGAAGCUUAUAAUUUUAUAAAAGCACUUACAUGAAUUCUUCCAUUAAAACUCAUGUAUUAUAAGUAAAUCGUCAUGUUUUCAGUCAUGUUAGGGUUUUAGGGUUUUUUGUUAUUACAUCAUCAUUUCAACAGUUGUAAUUUGUAAAAUUGGCUAUAACUUUACACAGAAAAGGUCAGUAAGUGAUAUAAUCACACAAAAAUUAUAUUAAGACACAUAUUGUUUAUGUCUUGUGGAUAUACUUUUGAAAAAGUUUCUAUUUUUAUUUUUUAAGAAAAGGAGGUGCAGGUCAAAAUAAUUUUUGCGGUAAUCAAUAUUAUGCCACAAAUGCUGUCAAUUGAGCUUGAACCUGUAUUGUGCCCGGAACAUUCUUUUAAUAUGCAGGGACAUAUUAAGGCAUUUGAAGGUUGAUACCUCCCACAAGUGUAAGAACUGUGGCACUGUGAUACUUACUGUUUUUGUUCUUGCAUCCCGAUAAGCCCGAAAUUUUUAUAUUCAGUAUUAUUUCAUGCAUGUGAAAAAAUUAUAUUAUUUAACAAUAAUUUGUCUUUUUAAAAGGACAUGUACAUGCUUAAUCCAACUGAAAUCAGUUAGAUUUUUAUAAAGUUAGUCUAAAAUACAUAAAUAAGUAAUUUGAUUGUAGCAUGGCUUCGUCCAGCAUGUAAAUAUGUUAACUGAUCCACAAUCAUUGUGCACAUGCUCCAAAAGACAGAGGUGACGCACAACAUGUAUUCAACUACUACUUGAAUGUCUGACCACAGGCAGUAAGGGGGAAUAUUCAAGAAACCUGUUUGAAAACAGUGGUUACUUUUGCAAUUGCAGAAAUUACACACUUCACCUUUAUAUUUUCAAAUCAGUACAGAACUUUACUAAUUACCAUUUAUCAGUGAAAAACAGUUUGCAAUGGCAAAAUUGAAAGCCAAAAGAAAUAUAUGGUAGCAUUAAGUUCAUUGAGAGCACAAUGCUGUGGAUUCUGCUUGAUUUUCAAUAAUUACAUUUCUAACCCCAAAUCACUCAAAGAAUUUGCAAAUGAGGAAAACAAAAAAUAGGUAAUAAAACAAAUCAGAAGGACAAAUUGUGCUUCUACAUGCGUUAUCAGAGCCCAGUCUGAGAAACAGAAACAUAGUCCCUUCACUGUGGCUUAUUGCAUCUCCAUACUGAGAGCAGUGAAAUCAAUCCAGCACUGGAAUUAACACUGAAUCCCAUGGUCGUCCUCACUCAAAACAAGCUACCGGACUGGGGUUUGAUUUACUGCUGCAUGGACGGAGCCUAAAUUUAACUUUCUAUUUCAGGGAGUGUCUAUCCUGUGAAACACUAUUCCUAAUUGCAGCAUAAAAACAUCAGCUUGCGAUUUUAGGUCAGCAGUCAAAAGGGUGUAAAAUUAGCCCAAAUGAAUACAAAGAACAGACGUUAUUUGUAGUUAUCUUCUAACAACUGUUUUAUGGGAGAACCGCACCCAAGUUAUGAAGUGAGCUUUUUAUUUUUUAACCUCUUAGGCCCAUAAAGAGUAUUUAGUUGUUCAAAUAAAGAUGCCCACUUUGUAUCACUAUUUGUAUAUUCCUAGAGCCUUGUGUGCAUAUACAGUAUAUGAAUCUGUUUAGAGGUGUAACUUAUAGAGAAAAGUUAUCAGAGGUUAGUUGACGGGUGACAUGAAUGACUGGAGCCAUUAGGCAAAUUUCCCCAAUUUAGAUCAAUACUCAGUGAUCAAAAGAUGCAUCUGCAGUGUGCCGGUGUUGAGACAGAACUUUUUCCCAUGCAAAGGUCUGUGUUGGAAACUGUUCAUAUUUCACCAGUACAGAACUGGGAUCAGAUUUACUUUAUCAUGGGACGAUUAAAGUUCAGGUGUGGGAUUUUGAAACUGAUCCCAGCUCAGCUCUGGUUAAAUCUUACCAAGGCUAGCAGGUUAAUGUUCCCUUUAAUGAACACUGAACCGCAGAAGCUACACCAGUGUCCUAAAAAAAAAUUUAAUCUCUCCAUUUGAGCACAGGAUAGAGCGAAGUUCAAAACCAGUCAGUUUAUCAUGAAAGUUAAAGGGAUAGUUUACCCAAAACAAAGAAAGUCAUACAGGUUUGAAACAACAUGUGGGUGAGUAAAUGAUGACAGAACUGAAUUUUUGGGUGACCUAUCCCUUUAAUGGUGGAUUUUGCUCAUAGAGCCCCAUUGUUCCUGUGGUCACUGGACAGAUGGUUUAUCCUGUGUUACAGCCUGGUGUUUAAAGAACAGCGGUUUGGUGAAGAGUGCAUGUUUACAACUACUUUUCAUUUUACAGUUUAGAAUGAUUUUAAACAGUCAUGUAAAUAUAGAUAUUGUUUAUAUUUUAUCUAAAGUUUAACUACCGCAUGCCUGCUGAAACAAAGUCGACAAAGAUGUCUGCUUGAAGAGACCACGCUGAUUGUUGCUAGAUUCACAUGAUUAUAUUUUUUUGACAUUAUCCAGACCAUAAGCCCUUUUUAUCCAAUGUACUUUACCAUUUCUGUUAAUAGCAUGUUCAUUGUAAAAGUACCUUUGUGGCUUUUCUUUGUCAUUUGCCACAUGAAAUGUCAUUUCUGAAUCCCAAUGUCACGUUGCAUGUUUUUUCUGUCUAAAUAAGUAACUGAUAGCCUUAACUUGCAAAUACAAAAUAGCAUUUUGCCUGGAGCAAUGUAAGACUCUUGCAAUACAAGCCACUGGAUAAUCAACCAAAAGAGGAACCAAACUUUCAAAUGCUGAAAAGAGAGUUCAACAUCUGUUUUGCUGUGUUGCAAUAACUCAUUGCUAUCAAUGUUAUCAUACUGGCCUACUCGCUCUCAGCUGUUCAGUACAGAGGGGAUCCAGUGAAUUCCUGGACAUCACAAAUUAGCUAGAUGAUGUUUUGAACAGCACAUUUAUCUUAACUUGUGAACUGGCCAACUUUUAGCAGAUAUUAUUAGCAGAUAUCAUCAGAUCUUUUUAGUUGUUCUAAACCUGUGAUUGCUGAAUCUUGCCAUCACGGUCUCUUUUCUAAUCAAAAGUUAUGCUAUUUUAUCUGUAAAAACCUUGCUGCCUCUUGAGAACAAAUCAGGAAAAGAGUUUAAAGGAUUUACACCCAAUAUGAAAUUUUUAAAAUUCUGUUAUAAUUUAUUUACUCUCAUGAUGUUCCAAACCUGCAUGACUUUCUCAUCUGUGAAACACAAAAGGAGAUGUUAGGCAGUCACCAUUCACUUUUAUUGAAUCUUUUUUCCAUGUAACUAAAGGGUGACUGAGAACAUUUCUGUGUGUUUUCAACCAUAGAAAGAAAUUCAUAUGGGUUUGGAACAACACAAGAUUGAGUAAAUGACAGAAUUUUCAUUUUUGAGUGAACUGUCAUUUUAAGGAGGUGAACUUUGUUAAAGGGAUAGUUCACACGAAAAUGAAAAUUAUCUCAGCAUUUACUCACCUUCAUGUCAUCCCGGAUGUUUAUAACAUUCUUUCUUCUGCAGAA